CCGCGUCGGAUUGGCGAUCGUCGUCGCGCGGCGACCAUGGGAUUUCCGCGCGUGGGCGCGGUAUUGUCGACGGCCAAGCGAAGAGAGAGCCGCCGAGGAGUCGCGCUUUAUUUACAGUCCGCGCGCGUGGACGCCUUCCGCCGUCGUUUAUAACCCAUCAACUCGCUCCUCGCGGACGGAUUAACCCGAAAAUAGCCGCGACAGCGCGAGCUUUUCGAGGGGGCACAAUCGGGGAAUUCGCUUCGCGGCGAGGCGUAGCGAGGAGAGGGAAAAAGAACGCGAUCGUAUCGGCCUCGCCGAGGACUUUGACGAUCGCCCCGAAAAUACAAUGCAGCGCGACUCUCUUUCUCACCUUUCUCCGUCGUGUUUCGCACGCUGUCGCGUCGGACGUUAAGAUCAUUAGUCACGGUACACGGGCUGGCGGCUGGCGAGAUAAUUACGCACGCGGAGCACACGUCACAACAAACUUGCUCGCAAAAUCUGCGUACUUGUUGAGAUUGUAGAACAACGCCAUAGCAGGUCGUCGGGGGCGCAACGCACACUCUCUCUCUCUCUCUCUCUCGCUCUUUCACUCUUCUUUGGCUGCGAAAAGAACCAGCGAAGCGUCGUCACGCGCGGUUGCGUGUAUCUCGGGUGCCUCGGCGCCGCGCACUUCGGACCACGACUGCGCCCCGACGCGCACUAAUAAUAGCCGGCGGCCAGCUCCGAAUUUUCUUGCUCCUCGAUCGGCUUUCGCGCAGUCGCGAUCGCGCGCGCAUUUUUCCGACGACGACGCCACUGCUUUUCUCGGCCGCGCGCGCAGGAGAGGCUACGCCGAACCGACCGACGCCGGUCCAGCCGCGCGUGCCGCUGCUCGCCACCGUCGUUUGCGCGCCUCCGUCCGACGAUCGCGCGUCAUGGCCGACGGCGCAAUCGCGCGAACGCGUCCCUUCGACGCGCUCCGCCGAGCCGAUCGAGGCGCGCGAAGCUCUUCCCUCGCGGGUGGAAACGCGUGCGCGCGGCUUUGACAACGGGAUUCCGGCCGCCUGCGGCACGAAUCGCUGCUCCUCUCCCGGCCGAGGGUUCGGUCGUGCCGCUGCCUGCGCGCAAUUGUCGCCUCCGUUCCGCGUUGCUCUCGCGCCCUUUCCUCGUCCCGAGAUCGCUGUCAUCCCAAUAUCGCUGAUAGAGCCGUUGUCGCGCGCACUCGUCUUGGCAGCGUUCAGCGCAUACAGCGCGGAAAAGACGCUCGCAACGGAUCAUCGAGUGAAAGUUACGACGUAAAUCGUUAAACGCGCGAAUUCGCCAAUGCGGCAUAGCCACGUGGAGAAGGGGAGCGAAAAGAAAAACCAGCAGAAAAGACGAGCUCGCAUCGGCGUGCACAUGCGUCGCAGAUGAUGAUGCACAAUGCAUCGCGCGAACGUGCUCGCGGCUCGGCGCGCCGUCAAAGCGUUUUUGAGGCCGCGCUCGGCGCAACGCGCGCGUGAAAAGCCACACACGUACACCGACACGUGUCGGCCAAAUGCCCUUGUGGAGAAAUGCCUGAACAUUGUUCUGCUGCGUGUGCCAGGGCGAAUCUCGGAUCUCGCUUUUCCCACAAAGAAAACGGUAGUGCGCUCGCCUGCCUCGCUGCUGCUGAGUGCGCGCUUGUCUCCCUCUCUCCCUCCCUCUCUCUCUCGCUCUCUGUCUCUCUCUCUUAGCUCUGUCAUUCAGGAUUUUCGUCAGAGCGAGAAAGAGAGCGAAAAGAGAGAGAGAGAGAGAGAGAGAGAGAGAGAGAGAGAGAGAGAGUGAGAGAGACGGGGCGCUCGAGCCAGCCAGAGCAGAGUAAGCAGCCAGUCAGUCCUGGCCAGUCUCUCUGUAUGUCUCGUUGGAGACGGACUCUCGUCAGUGGCUUGUAAAGUAGCAGCGGAGUGUCCGCUCUCUCUCUCUCUCCUCGUGUGUUAUGUACAUGGUUGUCUGUGAGCGAGUAAGGAGAGUGUUACCAAGUGUCCUGCAUUAUAACCUAAAACCGUUGCAACACUGCAAGGCUGUGUACCCACGCGUCGCUUAUACGAGCUCGAUAGAGAAAAGAACGGAGACAGGGCGAGUGUGCAGCAGCAGAGUAUUGCACAGAGAAGAGCGAGAGAGAGACAGGAAGGAAGCCGCUGCCACCACCGCCGCCGCCGCAGCAGCAGUAGCAGCAGCAGCGCAAGCGAUAAGAUGGCGUCGCGCGUGUCGUCGUCGUCGUCGCCAAGCAGGAAGAAGUAACUCCGGCCGUGCGCUCUUUUGAUGAGGAUUCACAGAACAGUGAAAGAGCCAUUGAAUGAUCGGCAUUGUGGAGAAGUUGAGAAAUCCUAAAUAAAAGCAGCACUCGCUAGAUGCCUUUGUCAUCCAGAAACUGCCAGGCAGGCUAUAAAUUGUAGCCUUAGUCAAAAGCUGUGUGUCUGUCUAGUGACAGUGGAGCAGCACACAUUUCUUUUUGGAAUUAUCACUAAGUGAGUCAGCUUAACACACUCACACACAAAAAAUAAGCAGCCAUGAGGGAGUUCAAGGUUGUGGUGCUGGGUUCUGGUGGAGUUGGCAAAAGUGCCCUCACAGUGCAAUUUGUCUCGGGCUGCUUCAUGGAGAAAUACGAUCCGACGAUCGAGGACUUCUAUCGCAAAGAGAUCGAGGUGGACAAUUCGCCCUGCGUACUCGAGAUUCUCGACACCGCCGGCACCGAGCAGUUCGCCAGCAUGCGAGACCUCUACAUCAAGAAUGGCCAAGGCUUUGUCGUUGUCUACAGCUUAACCAAUCAUCAGACCUUCCAGGACAUCAAAGCCAUGAAGGAGUUGAUAACGCGCGUGAAGGGCACCGAGCGAGUGCCGGUUCUAUUGGUGGCCAAUAAGCUCGAUUUGGAGCACCAGCGCGAGGUUGACACGGCAGAGGGUAACGCCUUGGCGCAGAUGUGGGGCUGUCCGUUCGUCGAGGCGUCGGCCAAAAACCGCACCAACGUUAACGAGGUGUUCGCCGAGAUCGUGCGCGAGAUGAACUUUAGUCCUGAAAAGGAGAAGAAGAGCUACUGUUGCUGCUGCGUGCUCUAAUACUUAAUGCCCAAUCAAACGAGCAAAACGAUCGUGACGAACAGAAACUGUCGGAUGCGCCGAUAGUAUUACGUGUAAUAUUAUUGUAAUAUACAUAAAGAGCGUGAGGGAUAUUGAGAGGAAAGAGAGGGGAUCUUGUUUAAAAAGAGAGAAUGAGAGUCGACCAAACUACGUUGUUGAUGAUGAUGCGAUUGUUAUAAACCAAACUCGAUGUUAGUGCUCACAUGGCCGACUCCCCAUCAUUUCUCCGCAGAGACGGGACGAUACACCUUAUUUGGAGAGUACACAUGAAAUUAUUGUCCGUCAAUUUAUACGCGGAAAAGCAUACGCAAUUACACAUGCACACACAUACAUACGUAAAAUACGACCUUGUAUAUCUCCUCAUAUACUAGCAGAGUCGCAUAUUUUUCUAAAAUGCUCGACACGUUUUAACGCGCAUAUCACACACACGUACAGCAAACACAUUCACAGACAGACGUAAACUAUUGUAAUCGGCCUUUCGGUGUGUAAUCUACCUGCGGUAUAUAUUUUUUACAGCGAGCAGCGAGAUUGUGAGAGACAGUUGUGUACAUAGAGACGAGGGGUUAUAUAUAGAUAUUAUAUAUUAUUACGAGGGAAAAGAAAAUAAGUAAUAAGAAGAUUGUGUCUCGCGAUAGAGAGAGGGAGAGAGAUAGUUCGAAAGCCAUAGACAGCGAGAAAGAGAGUCGGGAUUUAUCGUAGCGAAAGAGCUAAACGAACGUUGAACCUUUUUUGAGUGUCGAGAGGGUGAUGUAUAUUUUUUUCGGCUCGGCGGCUGGCAUGUAACAUGUAUUGUCAAUUUUCUCAUAAUAAAUAGUCUCUCGAUCGAAUGUCAAGGAAAAGGAUUGUAUUGUCAAUUAAGUGUCUCAGGUCUAUAGAAUCUUUUUCAUGUGACAACAAAAAAACGCAACCAAUUUGUAAAUUAUUGUACAAAACAAAAAAUGAUUUUUUAGAAACGAAAAAGAAAAGCAAUUGCCAGGCCGACAAUCUAGUCAUGAAAAAACGAAGUAAAAGGAAAAUAAAUGAAAUGUCGGUAGCACGGAAAGACACGAUCAGGCUCAACGUAUCGCUCGACUCGACGCGUCGCGAUUCCCGUAAUUUUUGUACGAUGUUUAGAUUAAAUAAGCAAGAGCGCAACAAUUUCAUUAUUGUUUUUCUUUUUAUUCUCUGCUACCCUUCUUUCUUUUCUCUUCUUUUUUUGCAACUAAUCGUGACACGCAAAGUAAAAUAACAAAUUAUGUAUCGAGUGGAUGGUGUAUAUAAGAUUGAUCGUCGACCAGUUUUAGUCUCUUUUUCUUUUUCCAUUUUCUACGACAGACGUAUAUAUAUAUAUAUAUAUAUAUAUAUUGAGAGAUGUGAUGAUUCUUGUGCAGGACAACAAUCGAACGUUAAUAUUCAUGAAUUGCUGUGUAAUGUUACUGAGACUUAGUAAAUGUUUAUUACUCGAUAUGGCAAGUAGGCGUUACGAUCCCGUUUCGUUUUUUUUUUUUCAAUUUUUUGUUUUGUCGCUAAUUGUAUAAUCAAUCAUUUCCACGGCAUAUAUGUACAUACACGCAAAAGAAUUUGUAAGGUACACGCGAAAUAACUGCGUUGUACUCAAAAUUUCGUGUGUACCUCGCGUCGUUGAUUUGUCAUUAUUUUCGGUUCAGAUUGGUGAAACCUGUAUAUAUAUAUAUAUACGCGAGAGUGAGAAUAAAAACGUGCGAUUUCUUUUUUUACUAUACAUAUGCGCAAAUCUGUGUAUAUUAUUGAUUUAUAAACUCUUUUUAAUCGGAUAUAAAAAAAAAGACAUUUUUUUUAGUGAAUUUACGAUAAUGCGAUGAGAAAACAAAAAAACGAUUACGAAAAAAUAUGAAAUAAACUUGAAUAAAAACAUGUGAGGUAUCAUUAAAAACACGAAGGUUGUAUAAGUGUCAUUUUCUACGAUGUUGAUCGUGAAUUUUUGCGAAAAAAAAAGGAAAAUGAAAAUAAUGAAAAACCGAGAUAUAGUUAAUAAUUAUUUGUUGAUGUGAAGCUCUCUUGUAUUUUUUCUAAAGGUGCACGAGAAAGAAUCUUUCCACUCGAGUUCUUUUGUACGAAUAUAUUUGCGAGAGAACCCUUUUUAUACGUGUCCCGAAACAAUGUUUAUUCUUUUUUCUUUCUCGAUGAAAAUAUGUCGCACAAAAACAAAGAUACUACAUAACAAUUGUCCGAAAAAAAAUGUACAGAUACAAAAUGAAGCGUGAUGAGAGAGCAGCUCAAACUCAUUGAUAAACAUAAGGACAGUCCUGUGCAAUAAUUGCGUUUUCUUUGAGUAUUGUGCCCUGCCUUCAUUUGAACAUUUGAUACAGUGUAUUACAGUGAAUAAUAAACUAUUAUUA